AACCUUCUUGCUCUUUCACCUUCUCAUUUUCCCUCUUUUCUCGCUUUUCCUCUUGCCUGCAUCCCCCAGAAAUUAAUUAUUUGUAAAAAAAACAAAAACACAAAUUUCCCUCCUUUUUCUACAUUCUAUUGAUUAACCUUGAAAAACAAUUAUACCCAAAUUGUUUUUCCUAUAAAUUAGAGGGUAAAGAUUGUGUCUUUGUGUUGUGUUUCUGUUUCUGGGACCCAGAAAUAAUGAAAAGGGAAGAACUUUUAGUUUUUUACUGAUUCUUUUGCACUCAGGUGAAUUUGGAGGAUUAUUGUUGUUUUAAGGUGGGGAAGUUAUGGUCGAAGUUUGUGAAGUUUGACUGUGGAAACAAACAAAUGGAUGAACCUUUGGGGACAGAGGGAUUAGUAUUUCUAAAGUGAGUUUGGUGAAAGUGAAAUGCGGAAUGAAGCAAUUAGGAUUGCUGUCGGGUUCUGAAACUGAAGCCGGUGACACGUCAUGGGCAACAGUGAAGGGGAGAAACCUACAAAAUCCAAUAAAACAGUUUCGCCACCUCGGGAGCAGAGCAGCGUCCAUGUAUAUCCUGAUUGGGCAACUGUUCAGACAUAUUACGGACCAGGAGCUUUGUCACCACCUUACUUGAAUCAAGCUGUUGCUUCUGGACAUGCCGCUCAUCCAUAUAUGUGGGCUCCACCACAGAUGAUGGCACCUUAUGGAUCUCCUUAUGCGGCAAUGUAUUCACAUGGAGGACUAUAUGGCCCUUCUGUUCCUAUGUGUAUGCAGGCUACGACUCCUUUAAGUUUAGAAACUCCAGGAAAAUCAUCUGGAAAAGAUAGUGGUUCUGGAAAGAUGAAUAGAAAAUCCGGUGUUCGUGCAGCAUCAGGCAACGGCAAUGCCAAUGCUGAGAGUGCUGGAGAUGGAGGUGUUCGUGGUCAGUCACAGAGCACGGACUGUGGAACUGAAGGUUCUUGCGAUAGAAGUGAUGACAGUACAGCAAGAGAGGACUAUAAUAGUAGAAGUUGUGAUGGGGUGUUGGACACAGGCACGUGUAAUACGCAGAUGAAUGAUGUAGUUCCAGGCAUCCCAAUUGCUUCUGUAAAACCUUUGACACCGGAGAUGAAUCAUUGCCCCAGUGCAAGACUUGAUGUAAAUGCAGUAAAUGCUGCUGCACCUUGUGCACCCAGGCCUUCUGGAGUCGGCUUACAGGAUGAAAGAGAGCUAAAGCGGGAAAAGAGAAAACAAUCCAAUCGAGAAUCUGCCAGAAGAUCGAGAUUGAGGAAGCAGGUUGAAAUGGAAGAGCUUGGUAAACAAGUUGAAUCGUUGAAUGUUGAGAAUAUGGCCCUUCAAUCUGAAAUUAACAAGUUAGAGGCAGAUUCAGAGAAGCUGAGAUCAGAAAAUGCUGCAAUAAUGGACAAGUUGAAAAAUAUGCAAGGACAAGGAAAUGAAAUGGGUUCUGAUAGGACAGAACAUCAAAAGAUGUCUCAUAUCAAUACCGAGAACUUGCUAUCUAGAUUAAGCAACGCAGUCUCGAAUGGAGUCCACUAGCAAGGCGAAGAAAAUGAGAAUCCGUGGAGAUCUUAGACAACUCGGGUUUUUUUUUUGGCAGAGACCUCACAGAUAGGUGCUGAUGAAGAGAACAUUUUGCUCUGUGUGUCCCAUGAAUUUUGACCUUAAAUUAUGGCUAACAGUUGCCACUGAAAUAGUUUGUACUAAAACAGAUUUCUUAGUUCUUAGAGUGUACAUAUUUGUAUAUUGUUUGCUCUCUUAGAUGUAAGUUAAUUUGUAAUUUUGUAUGCUAUCGAAUUGUCAUUUUGUAUGUGUAUCUAUAAUCUAAAUGAUGUUUUCUUCCA